AUGAUGCUGCAGCCUCGUCUGGCCUUGACCGGCCUUCGCCUUCCCUUCCGUUGUCUGUCGUCGAUCUCCUCCCGGGCCUACUCGACGACGAUCCACGAAAAAGAGACCCCCCCGACGGAAGAAUCAUCUACCUCGACCUUUGAUCCGAGCAUUGCCUUUGCUCCUCCCCCGACCCGCGAUGAGGCCGGUGUCCUCCUCCGAUCGUAUAAGCCCCGGACCCCCGGUAUCCGUCAUUUGCGCAGACCCAUCAACGACCACCUAUGGAAAGGUCGUCCCGUGCACAAGCUGACCUUCCCCAAACGAGGCCAUGCCAAGGGUGGUCGUAACAACUCCGGCCGAGUUACCAUCCGGCACCGUGGUGGUGGUCACAAGCGUCGGAUUCGCAUUGUUGACUUUGAGCGAGCGGCACCGGGCCCCCACCUGGUUGAGCGCAUUGAACACGACCCCGGCCGGAGUGCUCAUAUUGCCCUGGUCCGCAGUCAGGAAACUAAGCGUCUGAGCUACAUUCUCGCGGCGGAUGGCAUGCGGGCGGGUGAUGUCGUGCAGAGCUACAUGUCUGGUAUCCCGAAGGACCUGUGGGAAAGCAUGGGUGGAGUCGUGGAUCCUGGUGUGCUCGCCGCCAGAACCGCCUGGAGAGGAAACUGCCUGCCAUUGCACAUGAUUCCCGUCGGAACUCUGAUCUUCAACGUCGGUCUCCGCCCGGGCAAGGGAGGUCAGCUGUGCCGUAGUGCCGGAACUUUUGCGACGGUCAUUGCCAAGGGAAGCAACUCCCAAGCUCGGCCGGGAGAAGAGGAGGCCGAAGAGGGCGCAGAGGUCAAGAAGCUGACCCAGCGUGAACAGCAAAAGCAGCAACGCAUCGCCGAGCAUGUCACCAUCCGUCUGCAGAGUGGCGAGGUCCGACUCAUUCACAAGGAUUGCUGUGCUACUGUCGGAGUCGCUAGCAACCCCAACUACCAGUAUAGUCAACUCGGAAAGGCUGGUCGGUCUCGCUGGCUGAACAUCCGACCCACCGUCCGUGGUUUGGCUAUGAACGCUGCGGACCACCCUCACGGUGGUGGACGAGGAAAAUCGAAGGGUAACGUCGAUCCCAAGAGUCCCUGGGGUCUACCGGCCAAAUCCGGUUACAAGACUCGCCCCAAGUGGAAGAUCAACAAGGCUGUGGUUGUUCCUCGGGUGCGCAACCAGGGCAAGCGUCGCAGAGGAUACAGUUAA